AGUCUGUCAUCAAGAAUGUGAAUUUAAACUGAGAAGUUUUAGAUUGAUGGUUCUUGCUAUGCUUGUUUAAACGUGGAGAAUGACCCAGCACUCGUGAGGACAAGGAUUUGUAGGGUGUCGAAUGCACCACGCACUAGUCGACAUGCAUGAUGACACCCGACAACGAGAGCGGGGGUCUGUCCGGUUGGGUAAACUCUUUUCUCCACCCGACCGACAAUUAUGUCACCUCACCCACGACUCGACGAGACUAUCAUGACCAACAAGGACGAGGAGGAUUCGAAGCAAUGUCCUCUGGUAUAAUUCGCAGAAGUACAACCAAAGGAGGACGAGGACCAAGAGUGAGAAUUAUACGAGGUGUGCAGCAAGAUCCUGCAAUGACACGACCCGCAUCCUCGUUUUUGUACUGCCCAACCUGUGCUGGAGAAGUGAAGCUGGACAAGCCGGCAGAUGAACCCCUGCCAGACUGCCUAGCAAAGGGAGAAUCCUGCAUGGGCGCACAGCGAAAGGAAGCGGUGAAGUAUUACGAAGGGAUUUUCACUUCUUAUAGAUUGUCCUCUGCGUCUUAGUUUUUCCUGGGUGUAGGUGGGCGUAGGAGGUCUACCGGUAGUAAAUAGGAAGUCAUUUUUACAUUGAGAAUAUGGAUUACAUUAGAGCCACGAAUACGAUAUCGAGAUACGUAACAUUGAUUUCGUGACAUCUCUUCCACUCUAAGACUCUAUCGAGGGCGUCCAUGAAACAUUGGGUUCCGCUGUGUACGACGCAGCUGCUGCGAGAGCACGUUUUGAGCGAAAGGCGUGUGACUAUAAGAUUGCAGAGUCUAAAGGCUUGCAGGAGUUGAUGCAUAUUAAGGCUACCGCUCAUGCAUCCCCAGCACUAUCCUUGGCCCUUUUUCUGCUUGACAAAGGGACCAAGGAUGCGCUCAGGGAUGCUAACGCGGUAGCUCUAAGCAUACCUACGGCUAUGCCGGUCCCAGGAAGCCUGGCGGAAGCUACGUUUGGUAUUAUGAUUUUCAAUAUGAGUGAAUACUGUACGAUGCAACUAACUAACUAACUGACUGACUGACUGACUGACUAACUAACUAACUAACUGACUGACUGACUGACUAACUAACUAACUAACUAACUAACUAACUAACUAACUAACUAACUAACUAACUAACUAACUAACUAACUAACUAACUAACUAACUAACUGACUGACUAACUAACUAACUAACUAAUUAACUAACUAACUAACUAACUAACUAACUAACUAACUAACUAACUAACUAACUAACUAACUAACUAACUAACUAACUAACUAACUAACUAACUAACUAACUAACUAACUAACUAACUAACUAACUAACUAACUAACUAACUAACUAACUAACUAACUAACUAACUAGUAUGACUUCUCUUCCAAUUUCGGAGACUCACUCUUUUUCAUCCAGGUAUCUUCUCCAGUACAAGAAGCUGGUAGAUGUUUUGCAAAAGUCUUGUCAGAUGGACCACUCUUGCGCAGAAUUGGUGAACAAAAUGCAGAAUUUUCCAAGUUUGCGACCUGGCGGGAGUGCCCAGUUACCGAUCCGGUUUCACGUGUGGGGAGAGCUACAAAAAGCCUGCGAUUUGAAUGAGAAACACGUAUAGUCUACGGGCACUACUAACAGUGUUAUCAGGGAUCCACGUAUAGCUACAGUAGAGAGCGAGGUGAGAUUGAGUAGAGGUGAUACAACUAUAAAAGUACGGUUUGGAGAUGAGAAUGUGAAAAUUGUCAUUUUGAUAAGUGCUGCUCCCGUUGGAACUUAUUUUUGUAGUGCUUUCGCAUGAUUUUAAUCACGUAACCCACUUCUAGAAGAAACUGUAAUUUCUUCAUCCUCACAAACAAAACUUCAGACGCCGGUGCCUAGCGAGGUUUCAGCGUGGUGCAAUGGUAAAGGGGACAAGUGUGAGGUCCGGAAUUGUCGGACGUGGUGGGAGUCUGUGCACUCUCUGCGCAGUUCAUCCGGAGGCCGUGGCUGGAGUGACGAUGGGCAUCCCGGUAUCUACAAACUCUUCAAGAGUGCCUGCCGGUUUCUACGACGUGCUCCAGCAUCCGCGAAGCCAUUGAGCGAACAGUGGUUAUGGCAUGGAAUUGAAUAGCGACUAAAAAGUAGAAGAGUGAAUCAAGAUCAUGGCCCCUAGAUGACCCAGAGGACAUCGUCACGACAACUAGGAUAGUCCUUGAUCCACCUCUACUACCAUCUGGUGACUACGUGGAUCAAUUGUAGGAACCCUGAUUUAGUGGAUAUCAUGCUGUCGUAUCUCACCUUUUCUUUGUUGUCGUAGUUCUAAGACAUGGCCAAGCCCAUCAAAUUCGACAUGCAGAGGCGCAAAGGGUUGGGAGUCUGUGCGGGCCACAGAGAUUACUAGGCUUUUGCGAGGAUCCUUCAGCCGCAGGAAGCACUGCUGCGCAGAAGUGCAUCAUGCCUGGUGGCAGCUAUUGCAAUCGUGGUCGAACACUGGGAGGCGUCGGCGUGGAUUGGGGACUUUACAAAUGA